UAUGCGAACUAGAGGGGAGGUGAAUGUUUCGUGAGCCCACAUCUCUCCUGUAACAAAACCCACUCUAGCCUCGGAUUUGCUUGACACUCCAUUGAAGAAGAUGCAGAUCUUCGUGAAAACCCUAACAGGGAAGACUAUAACCCUUGAGGUUGAAUCCAGCGAUACAAUCGACAAUGUCAAGGCUAAGAUUCAGGAUAAGGAAGGCAUCCCUCCGGACUAGCAGCAUUUUGAUAUUUGCUGGUAAGCAGCUUGAAGAUGGACGUACGCUAGCAGAUUAUAAUAUCCAAAAAGAGUCCACUCUGCACCUUGUUCUGAGGCUUCACGGUGGGAUUAUUGAACCUUCUCUUAUGGCUUUUGCCCGGAAAUACAACCAGGAAAAGAUGAUUUGCCGCAAAUGCUAUGCGCGUUUGCACCCUUGUGCUGUCAAUUGCAGGAAAAAGAAGUGUGGCCAUAGCAACCAGUUGAGGCCAAAGAAGAAGAUCAAGUAAACAGGUAUUUGCAUUUUUGCAGUCAAGACACUUCAUAAUUUGGCACUCUUUUGUAUUUUAUUUGUUUGUUUAACUUCGUUCUGUCCUUCAAUGUUUAUUUCACUAUAUAACAUAAGUUCUAAAACGUUA